GCACCGGGCGGACUCGGGCUCAGGCACGGAGGGGCGGGCGCGGUUCUCGGGAGGAAGGAGAGCCUGUGGCGGGAGGCGGGUGUCCGUGCGUCCCGGUGUCCGUGUGUCCCGGCUCCGCCAGCCUGAGGGCUGCAGUGUGGAGUGUGGCCGCAGGCAGCGUGUAAGGGCAGCACCAAGCGGCUCCUGGGCCUGUAGAAUCCUGCAGGGAAUUUGCUGGAUGGCACUCAAUCUGUACCACAAGAAUCCACCAAAAAUUGAGAGCCUCCAUCAGGUGAAGUUCCUGCACACAACUGUGUCUCGGAGAGGUCUGGAGGAGUUUUUUGAUGAUCCAGGAAACUGGGGGGAAAAAACUGUAAAGUCUGGGGAUUCAUGGAAUAUAAAGCAGCUAAGGGGCAAGAGUAGUGAAGACUUGCAUAAACUUUGGUAUGUCCUGCUGAAAGAAAAGAACAUGCUCUUAACUUUAGAGCAAGAGUCCAAACGACAGCGCAAGCCUAUGCCAAGUCCAGAGCGCUUAGAAAAGGUAGAAACAUCUAUGAAAAAUAUAGAUUUGGUUGUCAGAGAAAGAGAAAUUGCUUUGAGGCUUUUACAGACGGGCCAUGAAAAGCCAGUCCCUGGCGAGUGGAGACACGACUUCCUGGGACGCACCUUCUGGUACAGUUACAAGGAAUGGCCAAUACCAUGGCACUUGAACAAAAAACACAAAAAGAAGAGAUUCUAUUACUUACCUCAUGUGAAUCACUUCAUCAGGCUCAGACUUGAAAAAACCUUACGGAAAAGGGCAAGGCAGCAAAGCCUGGAGAGGACGAGGCGGAAGGUCUUGGAAAGGAAGUUCCCUGACCUUGCUGUGAAAUCCCAGAGCCAGUAGCAGGCUGGAAGAGCACUGCAAGCAACUGGUCAAGUGUCUGUGGAACAUGAAUCAUGUUCUGGAACCACAAACAACUCCACUGAGCAUUCCUGAGUCUCCAUCUUUUUCUGUUUUUAAUACAACAUUUGACUUUAAUUAAACUUGUGAUCUGGAAUUAAAAAGCAGCUUUGGUACCUAACCCAAAUCAUCUGAUCUCAUUUGCAGGAACAAAUGUUGUGUUAGCCAGCUGUUACAAGAGUGAGAGAUACAUUAGAACAGUGAAGAGCAGCCACUGAGUGCCAGCUGACAGUGACAAGUGUAGGGGUAAUAUUUACCUGGUAUAGUUUAACAAAUGUGUAUUAAAACCAGACAGAAACAUGAGAGCAUCUGAAGCUCACAUAGGAGCCUUUUCCCUGAUCAUAUUUUUCCUGCUACUUUCCUGAAUAUUUUCCAUGAGUUAAGGUAAGCUAUGCAAGGUGUAUUUGCUCUCUGCAUAAAUGCACUGGUAAAUGGGCUCUUCAGUCUGCUGUGAGGAAUUUUUUCCACUGCUUUAGGUCUGGCUUCUUAGAAAGUAUGAAAUACUCAGCAUGGGAACUUCUAA